GUGCCAAAUGUGUCAAAUGGGUUAAGUUUACGAAUGACAGUGACACCCGACAAAUUAUUGAUAAUUUGAUCGUUCAGUGUUCAUGUAAAUGUAAAUAAAAGAUUAUUUAAUUUAAAAUGUUUCGCCGCACAUUCUAUGUUCUUCGCGGCCUAAGACCUUUAUCAACUCCUGUAUACAAUAUUACCAGAAUUAUCCCAAACGAAUAUCGUUCUUUCUCAUCAUUAUCUUUGAAAACCAAGCCUCUUUUUAUCAAUACCAACCUCCCAACUUCGCAUUUGGUGAACAAUAAGCAAAUUUUAGAUGUAUGUAGUAAUAUCGAAUCGGUCCCUGUAAGGACUGUAACAAAAUUUAGCCUGAAGAAGGGUAAACGAAAAACAGUUAAAGCAUCAAUAAAAAGAUUCUUUAGAUUGCAUUGGGGUGGCUGGAUCAGAACAAAAGUGGGAAGAAAUAAGAAAAUGUGGAAGAAAACAUUAGCACAAAGACGGCGUUUGAGGCAACACGUAUUCUGCAAUUCUACACAAUCUACUCUACUUGAUAAAAUGGUGACCAAGUUUUGGAAAAAACCAAAGUACUAUGUCGACGAUCCAUAUGCACCAUACCAUACACGGGAAGAGUUCCCUUUAACAAGAAAGAAGCCAGCUAAUCAUUAAGUGUUUUAAUUUUAAACAGUAGUUAUAAUAAAUUGAUUAAUAGUAA